AUCGGUGACUAAAUUAAAAUUAAUUCUUCAAUUAUACGAUUAUACGAAGGAAUAAAAGAAACGAUGUACACGUGUCGCGUAUAACAUCUUGUCGAGCUGUCAGUCGCUCAGGAGUGGCUGCAGCGUGUUAAGCAUGGCGCCGCACCGAGCGUUUUCACGUCCCGGUUUUUCCAAUCUUUGACGUAUUCGUACGAUGUAUUUGGUUUAAGAAUACCCUCUGCUACCGUCGAAUUGAUCACGAGUCUUCGUUUUUUUAUCCAGUUUCGUGCUGAAAAGGAUAACGCCUCUGGUAGAAGCAACUCUGGCACUGUUGCAAAAUGCUUCCACUCUCGCACAAAGACUCACGAAAUCUCAGUAGCCGGAUAAAGGAGCAGUUAUUGGGAUGGAAACGUUUGAUAUUUUCUGACAAGAAUACUAGAAAUUUGUUUUUGUUUCUUCUUCUUAAUUUGUCCUUUGCUUUCAUUGAAUUACUAUAUGGAGUAUGGACAAACAGUUUGGGCUUAAUAUCCGAUAGCUUUCACAUGUUCUUUGAUUGUACUGGUUUAUUGUUUGGCUUGGCAGCAUCAGUUAUAACCAAAUGGAGAGCAAAUGAACGAUACUCCUAUGGCUAUGUCAGAGCAGAAGUUUUGGGGGGAUUCGUCAAUGCUUUACUUCUAUUUUUCAUUGCUCUUUUCAUCAUGUCUGAGGCUGUGGAAAGAUCCAUUGAACCACCAGAGAUAAAACAUGAAAGACUUUUGGUUGUGUCUAUUAUGGGGUUGAUAGUUAAUUUAGUUGGAAUAUAUGUGUUCCAUCAUGGACAUGGACACGGCCAUGGAAUGGGACAUGGCCAUUCGCAUUCUCACACUCAAUCUCAUGGGGGUCAUGGACAUUCCCAUUCGAAUCAUAGUCACAGCCAUGAUCAUCUUGAUAUCGAAAUCGAUCCCUCCUUUACUGGUACAAAUUCUCAGAUUAUGAAAGGAGUUUUCCUGCAUAUCUUGGCAGACACGCUCGGAUCUGUAGGUGUAAUUGUAUCAGCAGUGCUGAUGCGUUUGUUUGGUUGGUUCAUAGCCGAUCCGAUCUGUUCCAUGCUGAUCUCAGUAUUGAUAGUUUUAAGUGUGCUUUCCUUAAUGAAAGACUCAUGGGAAAUAUUGAUGCAAAGGCAACCAGCAGCAUUGGAUCAUGUUCUACCACAGUGCUACAAUAAAGUGACCCAACUGGCGGGAGUAUACAGUGUACAAGAACCGCAUUUCUGGACGCUGUGUUCGGAUGUAUACGUUGGGUGCUUGAAAUUAGAAGUGGCUAGAACAGUAGAGCCCAAAUACGUUGUAGCGCACACGCAAAUGAUAUUCCAAUCGGCUGGAGUAAGGCAUCUAACGGUUCAACUGGAUUACGCACCUAUGUGAUCUACGAAAAACGUGCAUCUCAUUAAGUGUUCUUAUAAGUGCUCCAAAACUGUAUUUGUUUGCGGAGUCUGUCAGAAACAGGCAAGGAACAUUGCGCUAGUGCAGAAUAUUUCUGCCAUUUUAAAAUUGUGCAGAUGCAUUGUUCUGAGCAACAGUGAAUAUCAUCUUGGAUUACAGAUUGUCUAAGAAUGGAAAUAAUCGGUGCAGUUUACUGCCAUAUUCCUAAGGACGAUAUUAGAAUUUCAUCCUCUAUUUCAUUCCCUCGUUUCUGCAGUUGUACAUAAAUAUUGGCUCCCUCGUGUUUUACAAUUACUUCUUUACCAAGUCGCGAAUUAUCUUUCAAGCCCUCUUUUUAAACCGAAGCUCAGGAGUAAUGUUUUGUAUUGUACAUCGAAGCCAUUACAUCAAAUUGCAUUUAAAACUCAGAGAAACUACUGGCGGAAACUACUUAGAUUUUUUUACCUGUUCAACAUUGAAAGCCACAACUACGAGGGCAUUUUCAUAAUUUCCUUCGUACCGCCUAAUUUCCCGUGUAUUGCGAUUUCUAACGUAAAGUCCAAACAUUAUGGUCGAGCGUGUGCAAAACUCUGAAUAAUGAAUCAUUGCGUUUGCUCACGAUAGAAACGGUUAAAUCGAUCUACAAGCAGCUGUAGACAUCGCUAGUCAUCGCUAUACAAAACAUGUGAAAUGUAUAUUAUAUAUAUAAAAGUGCAACUUUAUAAAAUGUAAUAUAAAUCGAUAUUCUUACGUUUAUACGAUGUUAUGCUUUUCUCAAGAUUGUAUUUACUUCGUAACUAAUUUUGUUGGUGUAAAGUUCAAUUGAGAAAGUGAUG